AUCACAAGAGCAGAAGAGCCUGUUUGUGUACUGCAAGGAGCACCAGAGCUACCUCAGCUUUCUCGUGAGGGUGACAUAAUAAUUGGAGGAAUUUUUUCAUUUCACAAUAACCUCAUAGAGGUCAGUCCUACAUUCAGAUUGAUGCCUGAGCCAUUGAAGUGCAAAGAUUUAAAUUUCAGAGAAUUUCAGUUUGCAGAAACGAUGAUUUUUGCCAUUGAAGAAAUAAACAACAGUACUUUGCUACUUCCUGGUGUUUCUCUGGGAUAUAAAAUAUAUGAUGACUGUAGCUCAGUACCAUUAGCUAUGAAAGCAGCAAUGGCUUUAGUAAAUGGUCAAGACAGAACAUUCUCUAAUGUUCACUGCACCAAAUCAUCAUCAGUUCAUGCAAUAAUUGGACUUUCAGAUUCAUCACCUACCAUAGCUGUUGCAACGUCUUUUGGACCUUUUGGAAUUCCAGUGAUCAGUUACUUUGCCACCUGUACUUGUCUCAGCAAUAGAAAGGAGUUUCCUUCAUUUUUCAGAACAAUUCCAAGUGAUUAUUAUCAAAGCAGAGCCCUAGCUCAACUUGUAAAGCAUUUUGGAUGGACCUGGAUUGGAGCAAUUAGAAGUGACAAUGAUUAUGGGAACUAUGGCAUGGCCACCUUUAUAGAAGCUGUUCAAGAACUGGGUGUUUGCAUUGAAUAUUCAGAAGCCAUUUACAGAACAUAUCCAAGAGAGCGAUUUCGCACCACUGCUGAUAUGAUGAGACGUUCCACUUCAAAAGUUGUUGUUGCUUUUGCCUCAUUUAUUGAUCUAGAGUUCUUGAUAAAGGAGCUUUUACUUCAGAAUAUAACAAAUGUGCAGUGGGUAGGCAGUGAGGACUGGAUUUCAAAUGAAAAGCUUGCUACAAAGGAGAAUUACAAAGUGCUGGCUGGGGCAAUUGGGGUUGCGAUUAGUAAUGCACAAAUAUCAGGCCUGAGUGAAUUUUUGCAAAAUGUUGUUCCACAUGACACACCUGGUAAUACUGGUUUGCAUGAAUUCUGGGAGAGUAUUUUCAGCUGUACCUUUGUUACACAUGAAAGAAAUGCUACCUCACAUCCAUGCAAUGGUAGUGAACAUCUAAGCACAGUAAAGAAUCAGUAUACUGAUGUGUCUGAGUUGAGAAUUGCUAAUAAUGUUUAUAAAGCAACCUAUGCUAUAGCCCAUUCCCUUCAUGACUUUUUUAACUGUCCAUUUUCCCAAGAUAUAGUUUCCAUUGAGUCAUGUUCCGAUAAAAUUAAUAUCAAACCGUGGCAGGGUGUUCAUUAUAUGAAAACAGUAAAUUUAACCACAAAACAUGGGGAGGAGGUGUUUUUUGAUCAUAAUGGUGACCCAGUGGCAAAAUAUGAAUUAGUAAACUGGCAACCUAAUGAUGAUGGAACCACCAGAUUUGUGACCAUUGGAGUCUAUGAUGCAUCUUUACCAGAAGGACAAAAAUUCAUAAUGAAUAAUAUCAGUAUUGUUUGGACAAGACAUCUAAACAGGGUGCCUGAAUCUGUGUGCAGUGAAGCAUGCCUUCCAGGAUUUCGUAAAGCAAUACAACAAGGAAAGCCUCUUUGUUGUUUUGAUUGCAUACUUUGCCCUGAUGGAGAAAUUAGUAAUACAUCAAAUUCCAUUAACUGUAUAAAAUGUCCCAUAGAAUUCAAAUCAAAUGACCAAAGAGAUACAUGUGUAUUAAAGGAAAUGGAAUUCCUGUCAUUUAAAGAAAUCACUGGAGUGUUGCUGGUGAUAUUUUCAUUAAUUGGAACUUUUUUAACUGUAUCUAUAGCUUUCUUAUUUUUCUAUUACAGAAACACUCCAAUAGUCAAAGCCAAUAAUUCAGAAUUGAGUUUUCUCCUCUUGUUUUCCUUAACUAUGUGCUUUCUCUGUUCACUAACUUUUAUUGGGGAGCCCACAGAAUUAUCUUGCAUGUUGCGCCAUACAGCUUUUGGGAUCACCUUUGCAUUGUGCAUUUCAUGCAUUCUGGGAAAAACAAUAGUGGUGUUAAUGGCAUUCCGGGCCACGCUGCCCAACAGAAAUGUUAUGAAGUGGUUUGGACCUCUUCAACAGAGAUUAAGUGUUUUGGGUUUAACAACAGUACAAGUGCUUAUUUGUACCCUUUGGUUGACAUUAUCACCUCCUUUUCCAAACAAGAAUAUGCAACAUUACAAGGAAAAAAUUAUACUGGAAUGCAGUUUAGGAUCGUCACUACCAUUUUAUGCAGUUCUAGGAUACAUUGGAUUUCUGUCUUCCUUAUGCUUUAUUCUCUCUUUUUUGGCACGGAAGUUGCCAGAUAAUUUUAAUGAGGCAAAGUUUAUUACUUUCAGCAUGUUGAUUUUCUGUAUGGUAUGGAUUACAUUUAUCCCAGCUUAUAUUAGCUCUCCAGGAAAAUUUACAGUAGCAGUGGAAAUAUUUGCUAUUUUAGCAUCCAGUUUUGCUUUGCUUUUCUGUAUUUUUCUUCCUAAGUGUUAUAUCAUGACAAUUCAACCUGAGAAAAAUACCAAGAAACAUUUAAUGGGUAAAAUACCUUUAAAACAGUAA